AUGGCUGGAAUUGCUGUGGUUUUCGACUUCGACAAGACGAUAAUCGACUUGGAUAGUGAUAAUUGGGUUGUCGAUGAAUUGGGUGCCACUGAUUUGUUCAAUCAACUUCUUCCCACCAUGCCUUGGAAUUUUGUAAUGGACAGGAUGAUGAAGGAGCUCUAUGCACAAGGCAAAACCAUAGAUGAUAUUCAAGAGGUACUAAGACGGGCCCCGAUUCAUCCCCGGGUCGUCCCAGCAAUCAAAACCGCUCAUUCUUUGGGGUGCGAUUUAAGGAUAGUGAGUGAUGCAAACCUAUUUUAUAUCGAAACAAUCCUCGUUCAUCUCGGAAUCAGGGAUUGUUUUUCUGAAAUCAACACAAAUCCAGGCUACGUAAAUGAAGAAGGGAGGCUCAGAAUUUUCCCUUUUCAUGAUUUUCAAUCUUCUUCUCAUGGCUGCAAUCUUUGCCCUCCCAAUAUGUGCAAGGGCAUGAUUAUAGAACGGAUUCAAGCCUCUUUAGCCAAGGAAGGAAAGAAAACGAUGAUCUAUCUAGGCGACGGAAGUGGAGAUUUCUGCCCAAGUUUGAAGCUUAAAGAUGAAGAUUACGUCAUGCCAAGGAAGAACUUCCCGGUUUGGGAUUUGAUAUGCCAGAAUCGAUCACUUGUAAGAGCAGAAAUCCACGAAUGGAAUGAUGGAGAAGAGCUUGAACGCGUUCUCCUCAAACUUAUUGAAACAAUUUCCCUUCAAGAGAGUCACUCUAAAUCGACUUGGUGGUUAUCAGUCGAUUGCAAGAUGGAAACAAUUCCGAUGACUGCUCAUGAGGCCUUGCCCCCAGCCCUCCCAGUUAACCAGUAG